AUGAUAAAUAAUGAGACAGAUGAAUUUAAAAAAGAGAAUGAUAGUAUAAAUAAUUUAGACACUAAUAAAGAAGAUAUUGAUAUGGAAUCAUUAGAAUCAAAAUCAAGUAGAGAAUUAAUAAAAGUUGCAAAAACAUUAAAAUUAAAAGCAAAUGGUAGAAAAAGUGAAAUAAUUGAAAGAAUAAAGAAAUUUGUGAACGAUUCAAGAAAUAUUAAACAAGAAUUAACAAAAGAGAAAUUAAUUAAUAAAUUUAAUAGUAGCAUUUAUCAAUUACCAAUCAAAGAUAUUGAAAAACAUGAACAAUUAUUUUGGAGAGUUUUUAAAAAUAAAAUCUUAUUUAAAACCAUAUUUGGUAAUUUAAAUUGUAAAUAUCACUCAUAUGAUGAUUUAAUUUACAUUGAUUGGAUUUUAAAUAAUGGUUAUUUAAAUUUAUUAAAAGAUAAAAUCAAAAGAAAUGAACCAAUAAUUGGAAAUUAUUAUUAUGAUGGUCGUUGUCCACAAUCCGAAUGGUAUUUAAAUAUAUUUAUUAAUAUUCAAAAAGAAUAUAAAUCAAAUAAAAAAGAAACAAAUGCACCAACAAAUAAUAAUAAUAAUAAUAAUAAUAAUAAUAAAAAUAAUAAUAAUAAUAAUAAUAAUAAUAAUAAUAAUAAUAAUAAUAAUAAUAAUAAUAAUAAUAAAGAAUUCUUUGAAUUGUUAUUUAGAAAUUAUGGUAAAUAUUUUAUUAGUUUUAAAAAAGUUUUAAAAGAAUUAAUAGAGGUGGGUAAUUUUCAAGGAUUUCAAGUUUUAUUAGAUAAUUAUUUUAACUAUUGUAAAUUUGGACCUAAAAAUGGGAAAAUAAAAGAACAAUCGUUGGUAAACAUUUUAAAUUUAAUAAAUAUACAUUCACAUUUAAAAAUGUUUAAAUAUUUUUGGGAAACUUAUACUGAUAAAACUAAUUGUAUUAUUAAAGGUUUAUUAACAAAUUUAUUAAUAAACCAAUCAAAUGGAAAUUCUCAUCGUUCAAAUCCGCCAAAAAGAUAUAAAUUUUUAAAUUACCUUUUUUUACAAUCUUCUGUAGUUACAAAAAAUCUUUUUGAUGAUUUAAUUAAAAUAAAUAUUAAAAGUACCACUAAUAUAACUAAAUUUACAAUUAAUGAUUUAAUAAAUUAUUGUUAUUCAAUUUCAUAUAUAAAUAAUAAUAAUAAUAAUAAUAAUAAUAAUAAUAAUAAUGACAAUGAUGAUUUAAAUUUGAUUGUACCAUUAAUUAAUGAAAUUAAAUCAAAAUUAUCAAAUUCUCAACUUAAACUUCAAAUAAAAUCAAUAAUACCAAAGUUAAUAAAUGAUGAAGAUAGUAAUAAUAAUAAUUAUCAACAAACUACAGCAAAUAUUAAAAAGUUAAUUGAUUUUUGUGAAGAAAAAAGUCCAAUUCGUAGAACAAUUAUUCAACAAAUUGAAAUUAGAAUAGUAUUUAAUUUAGAUUUUGAUAAAGAUAUAUUUAAAGCACAUCUUCCAUCUAGUCCAUAUCCAAGGGAAUACUUUUUAAUUAUUUCAUUAGAGUAUGGAAAUUACGAAUUAUUUAAAUUUAUAGUUAACCAUUAUGGUGAUUCAAAAGUGUUACCACCUAUUUUUAAAAAUUUCAAAUCUGUUAGUAAUCAUGGUGAAGAAUAUCCAUAUAUUUUAUUUUCAAAUUGUCAUAGUAAAAAACAAAGAAUUCAAUUUAUAAAUAAUGCAAUAAAUGAUCAUAAUAAUAAUAAUAAUAAUAAUAAUAAUAAUAAUAAUAAUAAUAAUAAUAAUAAUAAUAAUAAUAAUAAUAAUAAUAAUAAUAAUAUUAUUAUUAAUAAUAAGAAUAAGGAAUGGUCAAAUUUAUCAGUAUUCACAAUAUUUCAUUUAUUAAUAUCAUAUGAUGAUUUAGAGUUACUUGAAAUCGCAAUUAAAGGAUAUGGUGGUGAGGAUAGUAUUGUUAAUAAUAAUUGUUCUAAUAUAAUAAAAGUACUUGAAAAAGAGUCAAUGAUGGCAUUACAUCAGGGAUACCUUUCAUCAUUUUCAUAUUUUCAUAGACAUAUUAAAUCAAUUAAAAUGUUAGAUUAUUGUUUUCACCAUUUAAAUAGUUUCUUUAAAAGAGUUCAAGAUAUGGUAUCAUGGUAUUCACUAGGUAGAAUUGAUUUAUUAGAAAGAUUUGAACAAUUAUUAGGAAUUACUAAUAAUAAUAAUAGUAAUAGUAGUGAUAAUAAUAAUAAUAAUAAUAAUAAUAGCAAUAGUAAUAUAGAUUUAUUAUUACCAUUUUCAAAAAAUAUUCUUGAAGAAAAUAACAGUAAUUUUGAAAGAUCAAAUUUAAUUAAAACAGCAGCAUAUAUAAUUAAUAAACCAAUUGGAAUUUAUAAAUAUACAGAAGAUGCAAUUACACAUUAUUUAGAAAUCAAUAGAAAUCCAAGAUUAGAUAUUGAUGAUAUAAUAACCAUCCUUAGUAAAACUAAUAAUAGAAUGGAAUUUAAUGAUCAUUUAAAUGAUAAUUAUAUGAAUUCAAAUAAAAUUAAAUUACUUGAUUGGAUGUUUAAUUUUAGAUAUGAAGAUUUAAUAUCUGGUAGAUUUACAAUUUCAAAAGGUUAUUAUAUUGGUUUAUUCAUAUCAAAUAAAUUAGAUAAUAAUAAUAAUAAUAGUAUAAAAUCAAUAUUCUCAAAUGAUAAAAUUAAUAAUAAAUGGAUUUUUGAAAAUAAUUAUCGAAUUCCACGUUAUCCAUCUCCCUAUUAUCAAGUUAUUUUGGAAUUAUUAGAUUGGGUAAAAAAAAGUGGUGAUAUCAAUUUAUUAUGUAAACUAUUAAAUGAAUUUUAUUUUCCAAUAUUUGAUGGUACCGAUUUUGAAGUGAGUAUUGAAAGUGCCAAAGAAACUCUAUUCGAAUUUUUAAAGGGUGUAAUUAAAAAUGGUUGGUUAAGAAUAAUUCAACAUUUAUUUUAUGAUCAACAAUAUCGUAGAGUUUUAACAAAGAAACUUUCAAAUAAUAAUUCAAUUUACACUCAAAAAGAAUUAUCUUUAUUAUUGGAACAUGCUAUUAGUUGGGAUCAAUUUUAUAUUGUCGAAUUCUUUAUUAAUCAAAUGGGUUUUAAAAUAUCUGAAGCUCAAAUCGUAAAAGCAAUUGAAAUUCGUGAAAGAGCAAAACAAGUUAUUGAUUUAUUACAAGAUGAUCAAAGAAUUAAAGAGGAAAGAGAUAAAGCAAAGACUAACCAAAAUAAAUAUGUUGGUAUUGGUAAUGAUAACAGUGACUUUGGUUAUGGAGGUGGCUCAUAUGGUGGUGGUUAUGAUUCAGAUUCAUAUGGUAGUAAUCAAAGAGAUUCAUAUGGUGGUAAUCAAAGAGAUUCAUAUGGUGGUAACCAAAGAUAUUCAUAUGGUGGUAACCAAAGAGAAACAACCAGAAGAGACUCUUUCAAUGGUAGAGAUGAAGGUUAUGGUAAUAAUAAUAAUAAUAAUAAUAAUAAUAAUAAUAAUAAUAAUAAUUCAUAUGAUUCGGAUCCAUAUAGUAAUACUAGAGCAGAAUAUGAAAAUUAUAGUAAUAGAGCAGCAUCUGGCGAAAGAAGUAGACCAAGAGCAGCAAGUGGAAGUGGACCUUCACCAGCAACACCAAAUUUCCAAUCAUCCCAACAACAACAACCAACUUUAAUCGAUUAA